AGCCUGCAACAAGUCUUUUCCAUCCAGAAUCCCUAACACACAAGAGAAUCCUCUCUCUCUCUCUCUCUCUCUCUCUUUCUCUCAUCAUCAUCUCUCACAUCAAAUCAAACUUUUUCCAAUAACCGUUUCCGCCACCCCCUGCCUCGCGCCAAAUCACCACCGCCAUCUCCUUCUUAGAGAGAGAGAGAGAGAGAGAGAGAGUGUGUGCGUGUGAACGGGAACAUGGGGGUGGAUUACUACAACAUACUGAAAGUGAACAGGAACGCGAGCGACGACGACCUGAAGAAGGCCUACCGGCGGCUGGCCAUGAUAUGGCACCCGGACAAGAACCCCGGCGCCGGCAAGGGCGAGGCGGAGUCCAAGUUCAAGCAGAUCUCCGAGGCCUACGACGUCCUCUCCGACCCCACGAAGCGCCAGAUCUACGACCUCUACGGCGAGGAGGCCCUCAAGUCCGGCCAGGUCCCACCUCCCCCCUCCUCGUCCCGCGGCGGCGGGUCCCAUCACGGUGGGCCCCACCCCAACCCCUCGUACCGGUUCAACCCGCGCGACGCCGAGGACAUAUACGCGGAGAUGUUUGGAGGGAGUAGUACGAGCAGCAGGGGGUUUAGGGAGGGGUAUUAUGGUAAUUCGGGGGCGGGGAUGGGGUUGAGGAAGGCGGCGGCAGUGGAGAAUGCGCUGCCGUGUAGUAUGGAGGAGCUUUAUAAGGGUGCCAAGAAGAAGAUGAAGAUUUCGAGGACGAUUGCGGAUUCUACCGGUAAGGUUCGGAAUGUGGAGGAGAUAUUGACCAUAGAGAUAAAACCUGGUUGGAAGAAGGGAACAAAAAUCACAUUCCCCGAAAAGGGUAAUCAAGAACCUGGUGUCAUUCCAGCAGAUCUUAUUUUUGUGGUAGAUGAGAAACCUCAUGCAGUUUUUAUGAGGGACAGUAAUGAUCUGGUCCUCAAUCAGGAAAUAUCACUUGUGGAGGCCCUCACAGGGAAAACCCUUGAGCUGACAACCCUAGAUGGAAGGAAUAUCAUUAUCCCAAUAACGGAGAUUGUUAAACCAGGGUAUGAGGUAAUUGUCUCAAAUGAAGGAAUGCCAAUAUCAAAAGAACCUAGGAGGAAAGGGAAUCUGAGAAUCAAGUUCGAUGUGAAGUACCCAUCAAGACUUACAACAGAGCAGAAAUCCGAUUUGAAGAGAGUUCUGGGUGGAUAAUUUUCAUUUAAGAAAUUUCUGGAUGACUUAUAUUAACAAAGCUAGGUAUUGCAGUUGCUGUGGGAUGUAAAUAGAGUAACUGCGGGCAAUUGAAGAAUGUGAAUACCAGGAAGAAAGUUGUAGAAGGCUUGAUGCAUUAUUAUUUUCGUGGGGCAUGGACUUCAGAGUCUUAUUUCAAGGAAUACAGGUCUAAUUGAUCUGAGUAUUGUGGUUUUUUUUGGCCUCGCUCGCAUUGUUUGGUUGCUUAUCGGGACUCUAUCUAUCUGAAGAUUGUUUUUUUCGUGUCCAGAGCAGAUGGGUAGGCAAGGUGGCUUCACUGUACCGUUAAAUGUGAUUUGAAUUUAAUGUAAUGGUUCAUUAACAGUUAAAAUCAUUGGCUUGUUUUUUGUUUUAUUUUGUUUGUGAAAGAUUGUCACACUAAUAGUUUAGCAAAACUGCUGAUUCCUUGGCUCUCCUUGGUUACUCGGUUUUUUUUUAUGACAUACAAAUAAUUGCAAUU